AUGAACCGCUUCGACUCAUACAUGUCGAACGAUUCGCAGGUGGUCGAUCCGGAUGACCCGACCGUCACUGGAGAACGCAAGAACAACCUCGACGAUCCGGAGGACCUGGAGAAGGCUUGUAUGAAGACGAUGAACUACAAGGCUCGUCGCAAGCUGCGCCAGCGUAUCCGGAUCGAGUUCAACAUUACAUCCGUGUUGAAUCGCCAGAAGUUCCUCAUGCGUCUCGCCAAAGCGUUGAUGACUUUCGGAGCACCCUCGCAUCGUAUCGAGUCCCAGCUUCUCUCAGCGGCUCGGAUCCUCGAGGUCGACGCCGAGUUCAUCCACAUCCCCGGUGUCAUCAUCUGCUCGUUCGGAGACCAGGAGACGAAGACGUCGGAAAUGCAUUUCGUCAAGUGCGGCGGUCGACUCUCUCUCGGCAGCCUUCAUGAGGUCCAUCAGAUCUACCGGCAGGUCGUCCACGACGAGAUCAGCGCGAGGAAAGCCACGGUGAAGCUCGAAGCCUUGAUGGCUGCGAAGCCUCUCUAUGGCGCGAUUGUCCGCUGCAGCUUGGCCUUCUGUCUCUCAGGGCUCAUCUGCGUACUGGCCUUCGGAGGCUCGUUCGUGGAUAUGUGGAUCGCCGGUAUCGGUGCUACGUUCCUUUGCCUCAUGCAGAUUGGCGUCGCGACCAAGAGUCAGCUGUAUGCGAACGUGUUCGAGAUUUCGGUGACGAUCAUCAUCUCUUUCGCUGCUCGCGGACUGAGUAGCAUUCGGAGCCAAAUCUUUUGCUACACCGCGAUCUCUUCUGCAGGCAUCGUCGGCAUCCUGCCGGGCUAUCUUAUCCUGAGUAGCUCGCUCGAGCUGGCGUCCAAAAAUAUCGUUUGCGGGAGCGUGAAGAUGGUAUAUGCGCUCAUUUACACGCUGUUCCUUGGUUUCGGACUUCAGAUCGGCUCAGACCUGUAUUUGCUCUUCGACCAAGGAGCACGCCAGAACCUGGCCGCACUGGCGGCUCGGAUGAUGACGGCCGCAACCAUUACCGGCACCUUCGUCUCCGACAACGGGACGUUCGCGAACAUCAACCACGGCGCGCCGCUCGAGGGCACGUUCACGUUCGUGAGCGGCGCGCCGUUCGUGCAGGAGCACAUCAUCGACGGCUGCUACCGCCCGCCGACGUUCCCGUGGUACCUGCAGCCGUUCCCGUGGUGGACGCAGUUCAUCAUCGUGCCGACGUUCUCGAUCAUGUCCUCGCUCGCGAACCUGCAGCCGCUCUGGACGGUCGAGCUCGUCGUCAUGGUCGUCAUCUCGUGCGUCUCGUACGCGGCGAACAAGGUCGCGAACCACUUCAUUUUUAACCGCUCCGACGUCGUCUCCGCCAUCGGGGCCUUCGCGGUCGGCCUGCUCGGGAACAUCUACUCGCGCAAGAUGGGCGGCACGGCGUUCACGUCCAUGGUCACCGGCGUGCUGUUCCUCGUGCCUUCUGGUUUGUCCCAGGCGGGAGGUAUCACCGCCCAGGGGAACGGCAUCGACAUUGGAGGAGCGAUGAUUGCGGUCACGAUCGGUAUCACCGUCGGGUUGUUCAUGAGCCAGGCCCUCGUCUAUAUGUUCGGCUCGCGCAAGAACGCCGCGAUCUUCUCGUUCUAG